UCCCAGCAGCUGAAACAUAUUUUAAGUACCUGGGCUCCCAAAGAAUCUACUGGCACCAGCUGUUUCCUUUGCCGCGGCCAGCCGCCCAACCGCCGGCCCGGCGCCUUGUUCCGUUGUUCGUCACCACGGCUUCUCCGCGUGUGAACUCCAACGUCGCAGGGCAUACCUAUAAAUACACCUCCCACAAAACCACACGCUCCACACAGCUACCACUCAGCUCAAGCUCGAGACAAGAAACCAGAACCAGCUCACUCCUCACUCCACUUCCACUCCCAACAGCAAGCUCAAGCAGUCAGUCACCGGCAGGGGUCAGGGUCACAGUCACAGCAGCAGCCAUGGACACGGCCGGCCUCGUCCAGCACGCGACCUCCUCGUCUUCCACCUCCACCUCGGCGUCGUCGUCCUCGUCCUCGUCCGAGCAGCAGAGCAAGGCGGCGUGGCCGCCGUCGCCCGCUUCCUCCCCGCAGCAGCCGCCCAAGAAGCGCCCCGCGGGGCGCACGAAGUUCCGGGAGACGCGGCACCCGGUGUUCCGCGGCGUGCGGCGGCGGGGCGCCGCGGGCCGGUGGGUGUGCGAGGUGCGCGUCCCGGGGAGGCGCGGCGCGCGGCUGUGGCUCGGCACCUACCUCGCCGCCGAGGCGGCGGCGCGCGCGCACGACGCCGCGAUGCUCGCCCUGCAGGGCCGCGGCGCGGGGCGCCUCAACUUCCCGGACUCCGCGCGGCUGCUCGCCGUGCCGCCCCCGUCCGCGCUCCCGGGCCUGGACGACGCCCGCCGGGCGGCGCUCGAGGCCGUCGCGGAGUUCCAGCGCCGCUCCGGGGCCGCCGACGAAGCGACCUCGGGCGCGUCUCCUCCCUCCUCGUCGCCGUCGCUGCCGGACGUUUCUGCUGCUGGCUCGCCGGCGGCGGCGCUUGAGCACGUGCCUGUGAAGGCCGACGAAGCAGUGGCGUUGGACUUGGACGGCGAUGUGUUUGAGCCCGACUGGUUCGGGGACAUGGACCUGGAGUUGGAUGCGUACUACGCCAGCCUCGCGGAAGGGUUGCUCGUGGAGCCGCCGCCGCCAGCGGCCGCCUGGGAUCAUGAAGACUGCUGUGACUCCGGAGCCGCUGACGUCGCGCUCUGGAGCUACUACUAGCAAAGUUAACAAUAAUAAGCCUGACAACCACCCCAAAGCCCCCCCACUGAUUGUAUUCACCUCUGUAACAGAAUUCUAAUUGAUUUCGCAGCAAAUGGACUUCAAAAGAAGUCUUUGGUUCC